GCCGUCCCCCCCUGUAUCCUGUGUCCGCCCUCCGGCCGUCGCCACGUGUCCCUGGGCUUCCCCCUCUCUCCCUGUGUCCGUCCGGCCGUCCCCAGGUGUCCAGCUGGGCGUCCCCCUCCCUCCCUGUGUCCGUGUGUCCGUCUUCCGGACGUCCCCAUGUGUCCGGCUGGGCGUCCCCCUCCCUCCCUGUGUCCGUCUCCCCGCCGUCCCCACGUUAUCUGUCCCCCAGUCGUCCCCGCCGGCUGUCUGUCAGUCUGUAGGCCCUAAGGGGCGCCCCCUCCCUGUUAGAGGGGGUCCUGGGAGCUUCCCUGCAGGCACCGUCGGGUCAAUGCGCCUUCUUUCCUUCAGGGAAGGCCGGGCCCAGCUUCCCCAUUUUAUAAAUGGGGAAACUGAGGCAUAGAAGGAUUUGAGGUGUUGGGCCCUAGGUCACAGGGAAGAAAGGCUUGGGAACAUUCCCCCAGUCCCUAGGAAUAGAAAAAAGGGAAGACCAACACCCCUUCCUCCCCUCUUCCCAGUCUUGUCCUAGUCUUGAUAGGAACAGUUAAGGGGGGGGGGAAUCAGGUGGGAGCAGGAUAGGGAUACUUGCUUCUUCGCCCCUCCACCCACAGCACUGCAGGGGUUAAGCGUGCAUGGGUUACCCCCAUCCUUGUGGGGGCAGGAAACAGCUGAAGCUUCCUUCUUCAAGAAGGGGUUCAGACUGAGCAGAGCAGCUGGCAGUGGUCCUUGGUGGCAGCGGACAAGAGGUCUCUCCCUGCUGGGCCCAACUAUGAAUGGGGGCUGCUAUCUGGUGGGCUGGGCCACCCUGUGCCUGGUGGGUGGGUGGGCGACCUCGUGGCAUCUGGGCCGCCCCUUCACUGCAGUGUGGAAUGUGCCAACAGCCCGAUGCCAAACCCACUUUGGCCAGCCCUUGCUCUUGGAGCCCUUUGGCAUUGUAUACAACCAGGCCCAGCGCUUCCGGGGCCAGAACAUUACCAUCUUCUACAAGAACCAGUUUGGCCUUUACCCCUACCUAGGACCCAGGGGUGUCCUCCACCAUGGAGGUAUCCCCCAGGCUGUUCACCUGCACAAGCACCUCGCCCUAGUCACCAGUCAGAUCUCUGGCCUCAUGCAUGAGGGCUUCAGAGGCUUAGCUGUGCUUGACUGGGAAGAGUGGCACCCCCUCUGGAACCGGAACUGGGGGCCCCGCUGGAUCUAUCGAAAGGCAUCUUGGGCCUGGGCCCAGCAGCAGUGGCCAGAUCUGCCUCCUAAGCAGCAGCGCCUAGAGGCUCGGGCUGCCUUUGAGCGGGCUGCUCGGGCACUAAUGGAGGGCACCCUGCAGCUGGCACAGGUGCUUCGUCCCAGGGGGCUGUGGGGCUUCUAUCGAUUCCCUCUCUGCCGAAGCCCCUGGCGGGGCAGGCACAAUUAUACCGGGAAGUGCCAGAUGGCAGACAAGGCCUACAAUGACCAGCUGCGCUGGCUUUGGGAAGCUUCUACUGCCCUCUUCCCCAGCAUCUACCUCCCACCCGGCCUGCCCCAGGUCUAUCGAAAGAGCUACGCACGACACCGACUGGAAGAGGCUUUCCGAGUGGCACGGUUCGGGCACCCGCGUCCUCUGCCUGUGCUGGCCUAUACCCGCCUUACUCACCUUAGCUCUGGGCAGUUUCUGUCCCAGAAUGACCUGAUUCAGACCAUUGGAGUAAGUGUGGCCCUGGGGAUAGAAGGUGUGGUGCUCUGGGGAGAUCUCUCUUUUUCCAGUUCCAGGGAACAGUGCGAGCUUCUUCAGAGCUACCUGUCAGACAUCUUGGGCCCCUACUUAAGCAAUGUGACUAGGGCUGCCCACGCCUGCAGCCAGCAGCUGUGCCAUGGCAACGGACGCUGUGCCCGACGGGAGCCCAACAAUGAUGACAUCUUCUUGCACUUGGAACCAGCAGGUGCUUUGGGAGCCCCCAGGGAAGACCCUGACAAAUGGACCCACUUCCGAUGCCUCUGCUACCCAGGCUGGGCAGGCACUACCUGCAAGGUGCCUGUACCUGGCACAGAAUGAAGGGGGUAACCUUGAGCCCUGUCCCCAGAGGAUUCCUGACUGUGGGGACAAAGCUAUGAGCCACCUAUAUCUUUCCUUGCCUUCUGAGCUUCUUUAAGUUGUUUCCACUGGCCUCAUUCUCCCUGACUCCAAAGAGACUGGUUGUGGAGGCCUUUUCCUGCCUGUUUCCUAAAACUCCCCCUUCUGCUACAGAGCCUGGAAAUGUUCCCCUCUAUUCCUCUGCUGUGCCCAAAGGCACGAGAUUUUGACUUCAGACAAAUUCCUUCCUCUCUCAAUGCCUCAUAUUCCCUAAUCUUUUUUUUUUAAAGAGAAUUAGAGUUAAAGCUAAUAGGUACCUCAAAAAUCAAAACUCUAAUUUUAUAAAUUAGGGGACUGAGGCCCAUAGAGGGGAAAGGAUUUGACUAAAGUCACAGCUAGUUUUGUAGUCAGAAUUUGAACCCAGGUCUUCUGAUUGUAAAUCUAACAUUUUUUCUGCUACAGUGCAAAAUGAGGGGAUUGAAACAAAUGAUCUUCCUUCCAGCUGUAAAUCCUAAAAACACAAGACCAAACCAAACCCCUUGUAACGUAAUGUAAUAUUUAGUCUAGGUUUUUAAAUGGCCCUACUCUCUGGCUCUGGCUGACUCCUACAGAGCAACUACAUCCUUGAUAUCUUACAUGUGGCCUUGAGUGAUCUCCCUUGAACCUUGCAGCCCUACAUUCAGGGACUUGGGCACAAGGACCAUGAACUGGGAGCUGGUCCACCUGGGAUUCAGGAGGUGGGUCUGAACAUCCCCAUAUGCUACUUGUCACGGUAUUUGUGGAGUAUACUUCGUCUUAGUCUGUACUUUCAUGCCACAGUUAAGUUGGCCAUAAAAUCAUUUUUCCUUUCCCUCUC